AUGAAAAAUUUUAUUGUUGCAACCAUUAUAUUGGCCAUGAUUUCAAUGGUCAAUGCUAAAACUGAAUUUGUUCCGUGCGUUUUUUGCUACCCUGUUCCAAUACUACCCAUUAUAACAUUUACACCUGAUCCUGUCGUUGCUGGAAAACCUGCUAAUUUUACUAUUAAGACAGUUCUAGAUAAAGAUGUCACAACAGGCGACAAAUUUGUAGUUGCAUUUGUUCAAUCUGGUAUUUCUCCAAUAUUUGAACCUACUGCUGUUGAUAUUUGUUCUGAAAAGAAGUGUCCAAUUAAAGCUUUAACUUUAAUUGAUAUGACGACGAGCGUUACAAUACCAGCCGAUUUACCUAAAGAAUAUAGUAUUAUGGUUUUUAUUUCUGAUCAUAAUGAUCCAAUGAAUCAGAGUCCUUUAGCCUGUGGAAUUUGUACGGAAGGAAAUUGUGGUUCUGAUAACUAA